UACCACCAAACAUUUGAUAGAGUUCCUCAAUCCUCACACAGUAAGAGAAACUAAGAAAGAGUGAAGUGAAGGGCUUCGCAGCUGAUUAUUAGACUCCAUAUUGCUCCAUGCUGAUGGAAAUGAAAGCCCUUUGUGCAAACCGCUUGUCCAAUUUUUCAUCUCUCUUUAGAGGAACUCUUUGCAUCACGAGGACUCGACUUACAUUUCCUGAGAAACUCUUAUGCCAAGCAAAGCUUGCAUUUUCUUCUGGAAAUGAAUCAUUCAACACCACAGUAGUGUCUCCAACCCUGUUAGCUGCUGAAAAAGAAGAAGCCAAAUCUGUGUUAUCCUUGUUCUUGAAGAAACAAGGUCUGAGCAAGGUAGCUACUGCAAAAACUAUCAAUAAAUCAGAUCUUUUCAUCGACCACCUUGUCUCAAGGCUUCAUUCUGUUCAUAGAUCUCGGUAUCUUUUAGGAAAAGAGCUCACAACUCUUGAGAUCAGGAAUACCCUUAUUCCUUAUAUUGAAUCUUUUCUUGUAGAGCCUGGAAACAGUGUCGUAAAUUUAGUGGAGAACUUUCCUAUUAUACCUGUCAAAGACAAGCGAGCUUCGUCAGUCUCUCAACACCGUUCCACCCCUGACUCCAAGAAGCCAAAAGGGGUCUCUAGUGCACCUGUUAAAGAAAAGACAUCUGCGUCAGUUUCUCAAUCCUUUUCUGCUCCCCUUGACUUCAAGAAGCCAACGGUUGUCUCUAAUGGACCUAGAGAAAAAAAGCCAGCCAUGUCGGUUUCUCAAUCUGGUUCUUCUCUUGACUCUAAGAAGCAAAAGGCUGUCUCUCAAAUGAUUGAGGUUGGCACGGUUGGAGAUUUACAACCUCAUUUCCUCUACCUCUUAGAGCUUGGCAUGGAUCUUGAGCAGAUCAAGUUAGCUACAAGCAGAUGUCCUAGUUUUGCCAACUACAGCUUGGAGAGGAAAAUCAAACCUCUAGUAGAGUUUCUUCUUGAUCUUGGGGUAGCUAAAUCAGAGAUUCCUAAAAUUCUUGUCCAAAGGCCUCAUUUAUGUGGACAUUGUAUAUCUGGUAAAAUAAUACCCAUGAUGUUAUACUUAGAAGAUAUGGGUGUGGACAAGAAACAGUGGGCAAAAGUUAUAUUCCGCAGCCCAGGACUCCUCAGUCACAGCAUGCAGAAGGUUCAGGCAGUUGUUAAUUUCCUUCUUGAGUUGGGCUUAUCAGGUGAUAGCAUAGGUAAGGUCUUAACUCGGUUCCCAAGAAUUGUAUGUUACAGUGUGGAAGACAAUCUCCGGCCGACAGCUGAGUACCUCAAACGGUUGGGGGUUAAUGUUGCCAUCGUUGUCCACAGAUUUCCAGCGAUUCUUUGUUGUAGUAUUGAGGGCCAUCUCAAGCUUGUGACCAAAUUUUUCUAUGAAAGGGGAUUCAGAGUGGAAGAAGUGAGUUACAUGGUGUCGAGAUUUCCUAAUUUGUGUGGUCUCAGCUUGACAGAGAGCUUGAUACCGAAAUGGGAGUUCUUUUUGACCAUGGGUUAUUCAAAAUCUGAGCUGGUUAAGUUUUCUCAUUAUUUUGGUUACAAUUUGGAACAGAGAAUCAGACCACGUUUUGCACUUGUCCAGGAGUUAGGACUGAAAAUCAGGCUGAACCUCAUGUUAGUACGACUACACUGUGACUUUGAGAAAGUUUUGAAGAUGAACAGGAAGAACAUACCUGUUGACAAGGUUUCAAGUCAUACAGAGAGCAAGUAAUAUGAUCUUUGGUCAGGAACUGGAUUGUAUGGCUUCUCAGUGAAGUGCUCAUUUUGAUGGAGAAUCCCAGUGGUACAAUUUUCAGGCUUGACUUUAACAAGUUUGUUGGAGGUAUCUUCGAGUGUCGUCCACAGCAUGGGCCCCAAAUUCCUUCAACUCCAUCUCCAAAACCCGCAUAAAAAAAGCUUGCAUCUCCGUUUCGCUGCCUUUCUAUGGAAAAGAUUGAAGAACCUGAAGAAGAAACUGAGCACCUGCAACAGCCAGCUAGUAACCGUUACCAAGAUCUUGAAACUGCAUAUGUAGCUCAAAUGUGCUUAACUUGGGAGGCCCUUCACUGCCAAUACACUCAACCGUGUCAAAAGAUUCAUGCCAACCCAAAAAUCCCACAUGUUACAACCACAGUGCUCAGCAUAUUCAAAAGUUCCAGGUUUUAUACUUUUAUUACAAAGGUUUAUAGAAAAUGAGCCUCUUGUUUGAUUGGAGAGAAAGAAAAUAAAAACAAAUAAUGUAGGCAUUAUCUGUAUUUAUCAAAGUUAAUUCAACAAAAGAGAGUCUUGUAACUUUAUGGACAUAUAUGUAAAUUUAUCAUUUAGAAACACUAUCA